GGAACCUGCAGAGCUGCGAGUGCUCCUUGGUACAAAGCACCCAUACCAGUCAAGCACGGCGCAGCGUUACCAUGAUCUUCUCCAUCCCACCGAUAGAUACCCAUCCCGCCUGUAUCACUUUAACGACCAGCUUCCAGCAAGUGCGAGAGCCUGACCGUCGCUGCCCGAUCGCAGAAUGCACGGAGGAAAAAGAGGACUGGUGGCACCACAAAACACUUUUUUGGAAAAUAUUGUUCGUCGCUCAAGUGAGACAAGUUUCUUGUUGGGCAAUGCACAAAUCGUGGAGUGGCCUAUAGUUUACAGUAAUGACGGAUUCUGCAAGCUGUCUGGUUAUCACAGGGCUGAGGUCAUGCAGAAGAGCAGCACAUGCAGUUUCAUGUACGGCGAGCUGACAGACAAGAAGACGAUAGACAAAGUCAGACAGACCUUUGAUAACUAUGAAUCCAUUUGCGUUGAAGUGCUGCUCUAUAAGAAGAACAGAACCCCUGUGUGGCUCUACAUGCAGGUGGCCCCCAUCAGGAACGAGAACGAUAAGGUGGUCCUGUUCCUCUGCACGUUCAAGGAUAUCACUGUCUUCAAGCAGCCCAUUGAAGAUGAGACCACCAGAGGAUGGACCAAGUUUGCCAGGCUAACCAGGGCAUUGACAAAUAGCCGGAGUACACUGCAGCAGCUGGCACCUGUGAACAAGACCGAGGUCAGCCACAAGCACUCACGAUUGGCAGAGGCUCUUCAGCUAGGCUCCGACAUUCUUCCUCAAUACAAGCAAGAGGCUCCUAAAACUCCACCUCACAUCAUCCUGCACUACUGCACCUUUAAGACCACAUGGGACUGGGUCAUUCUCAUCCUCACCUUCUACACGGCCAUCAUGGUUCCCUACAAUGUCUCCUUUAAGACCAAACAAAACAACCUGGUGUGGUUGGUUCUGGACAGCGUGGUGGACGUCAUCUUCCUUGUGGAUAUUGUGUUGAACUUUCAUACCACUUUUGUGGGUCCUGGAGGGGAGGUUAUAUCUGACCCAAAGCUCAUACGUAUGAACUACUUGAAGACCUGGUUUGUCAUAGACCUGCUUUCUUGCCUGCCCUAUGACAUCAUCAACGCCUUUGAAAACGUGGAUGAGGAUCCCAUCGCAGACUCUUCUGCAGUGGGCCACUUGCCAUCUGCGGCCCACUCUCCACGAAACGGCACACGUGCAGAGGACUCAGUGUUGCCUGGUCUAAGCAGCCUGUUCAGCUCCCUGAAAGUGGUGCGUUUGCUCCGUCUGGGUCGAGUGGCACGCAAACUGGACCACUAUCUGGAAUACGGUGCUGCUGUGUUAGUUUUACUGGUCUGUGUGUUUGGUCUGGUGGCACAUUGGCUGGCCUGCAUCUGGUACAGCAUUGGUGAUUAUGAGGUCAUCGACGAGGCCACCAACAGCAUCAAGAUGGACAGCUGGCUUUACCAGUUAGCCAUCAGCAUUGGCAUGCCAUACCGGUACAAUGCCAGUGGAUCUGGCCAAUGGGAGGGUGGUCCCAGUAAACACACGCUCUACAUAUCUUCUCUCUAUUUCACCAUGACAAGUCUCACCACUAUUGGGUUUGGAAACAUUGCUCCAACUACAGAUGGGGAGAAGAUCUUCUCUGUGGCCAUGAUGAUGGUGGGCUCUCUCCUGUACGCCACCAUCUUUGGAAACGUGACCACCAUCUUUCAGCAGAUGUACACUAACACCAACCGCUACCACGAGAUGCUGAACAACGUGAGAGACUUUCUGAAGCUUUACCAGGUGCCUAAAGGACUUAGCGAGAGAGUUAUGGAUUUUAUUGUUUCCACGUGGGCCAUGACCAAAGGCAUUGACACAGAGAAGGUUCUGUCCAUCUGUCCUAAAGACAUGCGCGCGGACAUCUGCGUACACCUGAAUCGUCAGGUGUUCAAUGAGCACCCUGCUUUUCGACUGGCCAGUGAUGGCUGUCUGCGCUCUUUGGCGGUAGAGUUCCAGACUACGCAUUGUGCUCCUGGAGACCUUAUCUUCCACGCAGGAGAGAGUGUGGACACGCUUUGCUUUGUGGUGUCUGGAUCACUGGAGGUCAUCCAGGAUGAUGAGGUUAUUGCCAUUUUAGGUAAGGGUGACGUGUUUGGCGACGUGUUCUGGAAGGAAACCACUCUGGCGCAUGCGUGCGCUAACGUGAGGGCUCUGACGUACUGCGAUCUGCAUGUGAUCAGGAGGGAUGCUUUACUCAAAGUGCUGGAGUUCUACACGGCAUUCGCGAACUCUUUCUCCCGCAACCUCUUUCUCACCUGCAACCUCCGCAAGCGAAUCAUUUUUCGCAAGAUUCUUGACGUCAAGAAGGAGGAAGAGGAAAGGAGACACCAGAAGAAUGAAGUCACGUUGUCCAUCCCCGUGGACCAUCCUGUCCGGAAACUAUUCCAAAAGUUCAAACAGCAGAAGAUGCGUACGCAAGGUUCAUCGCAACCCGACCUAGAGAGGAACCAGUUUCAGGUGGAGCAUCAUCUGCAUCCACUGUCCCAGCAAUAUCAGCCUCAGUACCAGGGUAACCAUCCCCUUCAACAUCAACAUGUGUCCCCCAUGCAAAAUGGUGCCCCUGGUUCAGGCAACGGGAACAGCGGUUCAAGUGUUGUGACCGUCUCGCAGAUAACCCCUAUCCAAAGUGCACUAGCUUAUGUUCAGACAGAGGAAGCAUACAGGAGCGAUGGCCAUGAAGCUAUGGAGCUCAAGCCCAGCUUUAGUAUAGAGGACCAAAGUUGCUUAAAGGUUACGAGUCCUGUGAGACCCAGAGGAGGAAGAGGACGAGGUUGGAUGCGUUUCCAUAACGCCACGUCUGUAGCACCUCCCGUGCUUCCACUGGAACUGGAGAAGCAGCCUCAGAAAGAAAAGGAGUGUAGGGAUACAUCUCAACCCCUGAAUGUGAUUUCUGAGGAUUCCAAAAACCAAGAAGCUGAGAGAGGAGGGUCAGGAGAAGGGGGUCCAGGUGGAAAUGGCAAUGGUGAUGAGACAGAUGAAAACAGUGCUCUACACAAGACUGAUUCAUGUGACAGUGGGAUCACAAAGAGUGACUUGCGUAUUGACAGGGUGGGUGAUUCGCGGAGCCCCAAUGAGAAGGGCCCGACGGAGCAGAGCCCAUACGAUCUGCCCAGCCCCGGGUUGGGCGACAUGACCCUUAGGGGUCUUCAUUUUCAGCCUGUUCCUGAACAGGGUCUGCUUCAAAACAGCCUGCAUGAGGCAAAGCUGGAACUAAAGGGGGACAUCCAGACUUUAAAUAGCCGGCUAGCGGCGCUGGAGGCUCAGGUGGGGGAGAUUUUAAGACUCCUCUCAUCGGAGAAGAGAAAACCCUCCUCACCACCUCAGACCUCUACUUUGAAAGCCAAACUUCAAUGCCAGGACAUCUUCGCUGUUUCUCAGCCUGUCUCUCCAGAUACAGAAGAAGAUGACGAACCUUUUUGAAUUAAGAUAAAUAUGUUUAUUUACUAGAUAUUGAUAUGCUGGUUUUAUUUAUUACUCACCUUACUUCGACUCAGGAAUGUAAGGUGAAUACAGAUGAAUCCGGGAAGAAUUCAUACUAUUGUAAAUAUAUACUUGCAUGUCCAGCUGGAAUCUGGCCUGCCAAUGAGAUCUUCUCUAUGGAUAGUAGUUGCUUGUACAUGUACGGAGUGGGCUGCAUGCAGAGAUAAUUCAAGAGGCACUUUUAUUCUGACCUUGCACAUGCGAUCUCCUAACCGAGUGAUAUUUCAGGGCAUUUUCUCUUUGAGUGAUGGCUUGAUGCCCCAGACAUGUGAUCUUGGGUUGUUGUAGGUGAGAAUCGGGCUUGGUUUAAUACCACAAACAUUGUUUAAGCAGGGCACUCUUUAUAGUGACCUGAUUAUAAAGUUUACAAAUACCCCAGAAUUAGGGCUUCACGAUAAUUUAUCGCGAUACCACUAAAUCCUAUUGAAAUCAAGCUGGCUGCGAUAUGCAAUGUGUCGAUAUUUUUGCAAUGCGUAGCUUGUCCGUGAAGCACGGCUCUGGGAUCAGUAGGAAAUGCUGCUCGAUCUAAAAGCAGUGCGAGUUUGAGUCGCUUAUAAUGUGCAUUUGAAAAAGCAACACCCGUCAAACAUGAUCAUUAUAAAUAUACUUUAUUAUCAUAAAAAUACCUGAUGAGGCUUGAGUAACAGUGAGUAACAGGGAUAAAAAGAUGUCCAUAGGCCUUUCCUAUUCUAGAACGUGUUAUGGUCUUCUUCUGCAGUGCGUAUUUGGAGUUUCCGCAGGAGAGCGCCCUCUGGCUUUCGGAUGCAGCAGCAUUUUCCCGUACUUCACUCAAAAGCUGUGCAUAAGUCACGUGAUAUUUAUCGUCGGUUUAUCGCGACAGCCCUACCCAGAAUGUUCUUCCCCUUUUCAAUGUGCAGAGUUUUCCAUAUUAAGCAAAAUGAUUGGAAAUGCAAGAUUGUUUAUUGAGAUGGUUUCUUUGGUGUGGUUAAAGGAAUAGUUCAUCCAAAAACGAAAACUCUCUUGUGAUUUACUCACCCUCAUGCCGUUCAGAUGUAGAUGACCUUUCUUCUCUGAACACAAAUACUUUUACAUUACAAUGCUAUCAUGUUAUGUUAUCAUAUCUACAGUAUCUAGCAUGAGAUUUGAAGUUAUCGACAUGCCGCCAUAUACAGGUAAUUUAGCCCUAUACAGUAAAAAAAAUAUUUUGGCAGCUGGGCCACCAAAAAAAGUAAAACAACAUUUUUUGAAAAGUAAAAUGUUUUUACAACCAACCUGUAAAUUUUCAGUCUAAUUUGUAAUUUGACAUUUUAACCGCAUUUUAUAAAAAAAGUAUUUUUUUUCAACUUUUUUUUUACCAUAUAGGUUCUGAUUUUGCGAAAUAACCUUCAUAUAUUAAAGUUUUCUGUCACAACUGCAUCCUUUCACUUUAGAAGAUAUUUUAAACACACUGGAGUCAUUUUGAUUACUUUAAUGAUAUAGUGUAAAUGUGCAUUUUGGUGCUUAAUUUUAGGUACCAGAAGAUAACAUUCAAUUCUAAUUUAUUUCUGUAGUGCUUUUUACAAUUUUACAUUGUUGCAAAACAUCUUACAGUAAAGACAGAUUUCUAUCAGGUUCACUAUAGUCAAAAGGGAUUUACACUAGCAUAUAGUUUAGAUUGGCGGUAUGGUUCUGUUCUGGGCAAAAACUCCCUGCCCAUCCAUGCAGUGAGCAUGAAUAAGAGCAGGGUGCGCAGUGAUAACCCCCUUAGGGUAAACGGGACAUAACAAAAGAUGUCAUUAGAUGUCAUUAGUUCUUAAUGACAUUUAAGUAUAACACAUUAUCUAAAGUAAUUGAGACUUAUGUCUAUUGAGACUUAAAUGUAUGUGGAGCUGGGGAUGGAGGAGGGUAAUUUGCUCCUGAGCGACGCGGUAAGCUGCUGUUACCUGAAUCGAUUUUAAAAAGGAAGCUGUGAUAGUGUAAUAGUUCUGUGGGUAGAUGAGGAUCAGCUGGUCACCUGCCAGAACUAACGCUAUACGCUUGAUUAAUAUAGACAAGACAAAAAAGGAAAAAUAAAUCAUAAAAUGAAAGUGAUAAAUUAGAAAAUAUACAGAGCAAAUGGUAUUGUUUCAAUUUGUUUCAAUAAGGUGUUCAUGAUGGCAUUUUAUUUAAAAUGAUGUGUUUGUGUUGAUCUUAAAAAAAAGUCACAUACAUCUGGCAUAAAGGUGAGUAAAUUAUGAUAGACUUUCCAUGUUUGGAACGAUUACUUAAGGUGACAAUCCAAUAAGCGUGCUACUUUUGGAUAUGAGAACUUUAUUUCAUUACUACACUACCUUUUAAACUCCAUAUUAAUUUUGUCCCAUUGGUUAUUUUGUGGAAAGUUAUGAUAAAUAAGAGAUUUUCAGGGGUCUUCUUUACAUGUUUUAGAAAGAUGUACUUGCAUGGAUGGAUAUGUGGUACAGUAAGCUCUGGCAUGGUAGAACUUGUGUUCCCUUAUUAAUUAUGCAAACACACAAAGUCUCUGGGGUGGUGGGGGUGGGGGUUGCAUUUUGGUGGGAAAGCUCACUCUGGUGGCAUUAUUAGAAGCAUGAACAUCUUCAGGCCAUUUGAAAACUGUACAAGCAUGCACUGAAUUUUUUGCAUGACAUCAGCAUUGCGUGAUACAUUAGUAGACAUGAAAAGUAAUGGAUUUCGAGUAUUGUUUACCAACUCGGAAAUAGAUAUGUACUGUGCAUAAUUCAUCUAAAGGCAGAUGCAUAUGUCAUAAUCUUCCUAUUUUAAUCCAGCUUUUAUGCAUUAUGCUCCACAAGUAAACAGCCAGCAGCUGUUAAGUUCAUAAGGUGUUCAUUUUUGUUCAUAUGGACUCGCUGUUUCUGUAUAUUAUGUUAUUACUGUAUAUCCACAGAUGGUGAGUCAUCACAUAUCAACAUACUCAUGGGUGGUUUAAAGAGCUUGUGGCAUAAUGACUAAUGCCCCUUCACAUCUCAUUUUCCAUUACGUCUAUUGCACUGUUAUUAGUGCAUGCUGGUGAUGUUCUUAACAAACAAGGGAAAAGACACUAUUAAGAUAAUUACAACAACAACGCGAGGAGUGUGGUUGUAUUUAGGGAUGCACCGAUACCAUUUUUAAAGACGAUACCGAUACCUAUAACCGAUGCCUGUAUAAUGUACAAUUAUGUUAAUAAACCAGUAUCUUACUGGUACAUUUUCUUUUUUUCUUUUGUUUUUAGGUCUACUUAAAUUUUAGUACUAUUUUUUAAUUAAGUUCUAUUUUUUAUGAUAAGUAGCACAAUUUUACUAGCACAUUUACUUCAGUUUACUAAAGUAAACAAUAUACUCUGUGGUCGGAUUAUAAAAAAUUCAAGGGGGGUGGUGUGGUAAAAUGUGAGUGUAUUAUAACUUGUUCAAGUCAAGCGGACUUUUAUUUUGACGGGACGCCGCAAAGAGCGUUUAAGUUAACCGGACUUUUAUUUUGACGGAUCGCGGCAAAUGGUGUUUGUUUAUGUGUUCGUGUCCUCGUGCAGUGAAACGCUGGCGCUGAAAGCUCCACAAGCACAAUGCGUUCAGUACACGCAACCGCACCACUCUUUCACACACGGUAACGCAAAACAAGCAGAAUACAUAUUUAAACAGUAUCUGAAUAUUUCGUUAACUGUUACGUUAGCUGUUCAGCGCUAAUUUCUUGUUAGGAAAUGCCUGGAUUCCUAGAUUCCGUCCCUGUUUUGCGCAUUGCGGAAAUCAUAGGGCUCUACGUAUGUCACGUGAGGUAUCGGCCUUUGGUAUCGGUGUGUCAUUACGAGUACGAGUACAUGAGUUUGGUAUCGGACCGAUACUGGUAUCGGUGCAUCCCUAGUAUUCCUUGUUAUGGCUUAUAGAUCCUUACAGUUAAGCUAUACAUUAAGCAACCUACAAACAAGCAACACAGUAACACUGCUGUUUUUAAAGCAAUACAUCCAUGUAUACUUUAUACACCCAUUUAGCCUACUUGCAAAUGUGCACAACUGCAAAGGUUCAGAUAAUAUUAAUUCACAACUAAUCUGUUGGUUUAUUUAUCAUUGCAAGAGUUAAGGAUGUUCACAAGGACCAAAGACAUUAUGUUUGUACUGUACUACUGAAUUUGCAUUUGUAUAUUCAUUUUGCUGCUUAAAAGUAUGGUGAGAAAAGCAUUAUUGGGUAAUACUGAAAUGCAAAUAGCAUAUCAAUGUUGUGCUCUUUAAACAACACAAACAUUGGAAAAUGACAGCAUUCACCGAAAUAUUGUGUACUGAGUUUAUUUACAAACCUCAUGGUUUGGCAGAGAAUUAUCUGAUCAGAAAUCUGACAGUAGAAUUCACUUUGCAUGUGAAGUCUUACAACUGUCACAACAAAGAAAUACGAUUAACAAUAGCCUCUAAUAAUGGUUUGAGAAAAAGUUUGAGAAUCAUAUAAAAUGAAUCAGAAUUUUUUUUUAAAUCAUUUUUUUCAUGCUUCUGUAUACCCUCGUUCUGUGAGUUACUGUAUUUUCUUGUCAUUCAGCCCUGCGAAGAGAAGCACAGACAGUGAAAAACGUAUUCAUUGUGUCUUCUGUUAACUUGGAAGAAUUAGAUAUAAUGCUCAAAGCUAAAGUAUUGUUGCAGGUGAAGUUAGAAAAUGGUGGAAGUGACUCAUUGCUGAACCCCCGGGAUUAAUGUCCUGAAGAGAAGGUGUGGUUGAGAUGUUUUACCCAAUCCUAACAUCCACUUAAGCCCAGUGAGCCAUCGGACUGCAUGCUGCAUCCAUCACAUUUUAAUGCCAAUGUUAUGUUAUGUUUGCCUGCCAAAGCAGUGUUUUUGCUGCAUCUUUUCAUGCAGACAUGCAAAAUGGGCAAAAGCCUGGGCGCUACAUCCAAAAAAAUCACAUAACCAAAAUUAACAUUUAUGUUGUGAAUGAAGACACGUCAUACCAAUACAAAUGGCCAAUAAUCACCAUUUCAAAAUGUGCGGAGAGAUCAAAUACUAGUACAUCUGGAAGUUUCCUUAAAAUUGUUCAGAAGCACUAGGUUACAAAUAUGUGGCAGGUAAAAUAAUUAUUAUAUUAGACUGAAUUGCAAACAGGGUUGGUUUUCAAUCCUUUCACUUCUGCACGUUUAAAAGUCAGUUUAGCAGAAUGACAUGUAGCCACGCGUUGCAAUAUUCUCAUAUCUGAAGUGCUGCCCAGGCUCCUCUUACCCUUUUGGAAGCAGUGACCACUGACUUUACUAAGCUCUUUUUUUCAACGUAAAUGAGACUGCCUUUUUAUCAGUGUAAAAUAUUGUUAUGAAAAUAUUUCUGAGGGAGAUGGGGCAAAGUGUUUAUUUUUACCACACUGGCAUGAAUAUGAAUAAUUUGUUAUAUACAGCAGUGUAUUACACUGAUGUUAUAAAAUAAAAACUUUAAUUGUGCUAAUUUACUCAUCUUGUCAUUCUUCUGUUCAACCAGGUAUUCUCAAUAAUUAACAUUAUUUUAGAUUUUUAACCUUGUCAGUGUU